UCCAUGCUGGCUUGUGCGUUCGGGCAAAGAAGCAGCCUGGCGGGCGCCCGGGGGUCAGAUCUUGGCCACCAGCCUCCCUUGCCUCUCCUCCCCUCCAGGCACAUGCGCAAGCACACGCCUGCUUUCUCUCCCCCUUCCCCCUUCUUGCUUCCUUCCCGCCUCCACGCCCUCUCCCUCGCCCACUUGGCAAUCUACUCCCGGCCACACACGCGCAAUACCAUGGCCUCCAUUGGCGCCUUCCAUGAUGACCACUUCGGUGCCCAGUCGAAGGAGGCUUCCACGGUCACAUUGGCCUAUACCUGCUUCGAAUAUCGCCUGAUUGAUGACCUCGAUGUCAGUCAGUUGGAUGCGGCUGAGGCUCUCGCGCCGCCGGGUGAGUCCCAGCCUCGCACCUUCUCCCGGACAGCCGACGAGGCUGAGGCCGGUGACGAUGUUGCCGGGGCCGGGGGCCCGGCCCUCGCCCCUGUGCCGGCCAAAGUCCAGGUACCUCGCCAUGAGGAAGCAACUGACCAGCCGGAGUCCAAGCGCCGGCGCAUUUGCCCAACCCCGGUGGACACGCUGCCCGAGCGCCCGGCCGCCAUGGUCGUGCAGGAUGCCGAAAGCACCGACGAGGAGGCCCCGGACGAGGAGUCCGGCAGUGAUGUCGGCGAGUCCGGCAGCGAUGGGUCCACCGGCGAUGACAGCCACAGCGAUGGGGAUGACAGCGAGGAGGACGAAACCCCGGAGGGUGGCUGGUUCCUGCACCAAGUCUUCGGCGCGGAUGAAACCAUCAUCGGGCAUGUGAAUCCCCGGGUGAAGGUGUAUCAGGCGGCGGACACACUGCUCCCUCUGCUGGUGGCCGAAAGUGAUGCCGUCCUGGCCGGGCCAUUGACCACCAACCUGGAGGGGUGCCUGCGUCCCUGGCUGCCGGCUGAUUACGAGACAAGCCCGGAGAAGUGGGUCGAGCGCGCGCGGCAGGAGCGCGCGACCUUUCAGCCUCCGGGCGAGCGUGUGGCCGAGUUUCUGGCCCUUCCAGGGAACUUUGCCACCGGCUCGUCGGAUGCCGAUGACACUGCCGUCAAGUACUCGGUCUUCCGCUGCCACAUCACGGAUCCCGGCGCGCGUGCUUUCCACCACCGUGCCCAUCUGUUGACUGCGCUGAAUAUCGAAACGGCCUCGGCCGAGCCCGGCGGCCUGGACGACAGCGACAAGUGGGUGAUGUACUAUGUGUUCGAGCAUGCGGGCGAUCACCUUCGCUUCGCGGGCCUGGCAACAACGCAUCCCUUCUACCAGCGUGCGGAUCGCCUUGUCUGGCGUCUGGCUUUGCUGACGGUGUCCCCGGCACAUGGGCGCCGGGGCAUCGGCCAGAGGAUCUAUGAGGCGGUCUUCGCGGAUAUCUACACUCGCUUUGGCGACGUGCUGGCUGCCUUCACAAUCGAGGAUCCGAAUCCGUCGAUGCAGCAGCUCCGCGAUCGGGCGGAUCUGGCCCUGCUGCUGGACUGCCAGCCGGCUGUGUGGCUGACCAGUGGGCAGGAUGAGCGGCGACAGCUCCGCCGCGGGGACCUCCGGCCGCUGGCCUGUGCGCCGGCCACUUUGCCGAUUGUUCCGCUGUCGAGCCAGCCGGCUGCCGUGGCCAGCGGGAACUUCCUUCGCCCGGGGCUCCGGCGGUCGGCCGACGUGUCGGCCGAUGAGCGUCUGCUGGCCGAGCUGACCGAGGGUCAGGUUGGUGUCCCGACGGCCCAGUCUAUCGGGGCCAUUUGUCGCCUGCUGCGGGUGUCGCGGGUGCAGGCCGGGCGCCUGGCUCUCGGGCUUUGCUUGUGGGCGCACUUCGGUGGCCGUGGCCGCUGGGGCGCCAUCGACCGGCACCAGCUCCUGACUCAGCUGCGCCUGUGGAGCAAGGGCCGCACAUAUGUCGAGCUCAAUCUGGCUCCCCUGCUGACGGCCCGCCAUCUGGAGGUCCCGGGAGUCAAGUCGGCCGAGGAGAUCGCCGCCGCUCAAAAGAAGGCCCGACAUGGCACGGUGGCCGCCGCCACCCGGGCCCAGGUCUUGGAUGCACUGGCUGACAACUGGCAGGAGACCGAGUCCCGCUGGCGGCAGAUUGUCCGGUCGGUCGAGCACCGCCUGGCCGGCGGCGAGAACCAGCCAUGAUACAGUCGGCUUCUUGCCUCCUGUCUCCCAGCUAUGAGGCCCAUCCUACGACGGGGCAUAAAAAGAUGUUGCAAAAGAAAAAUGGACACAUGUAGUUCGUUUGGAGGUUGUAUUCUUUCCCUCCCUUGUGCAGACACACGUACGAGAGGGGGGAGAAACAUACUAUGCACGAGGCAGGGAGGGGGGGGGGAGGGAGGGAGGACCAGGAGGAACUAUAGGGGAGGCUAUGCACACACACACACACACCCUUAGAGCUUGUCGUAGCGGUGGGUGUCAGAGCCGAUGGAGGACCCCUCGCCCGGGGAACCGGCGGAGCCCUCCUCACCGAGGACCGAGCCCAUGGUCAUGCCGCGCUUGCGAGCAUAGGACAGACCAAAGAAGCCGGCCACCACGAGGACCAGAGAGAAGAUCAUGCCGCCGAUGAAGAGGCCGGCGGUGCUGGGGACCUUGUGGCACUUGCCACCCUCCGGGGGGCAGUAGUAGCCGCGGUUGCAGGGCUGGUCGCAGGAGCACGACAGGAUGUUGCUGCAGUUGCCCUUCUCCGAGAGGGGGAUGCACCCGGUCUUGGAGCAGUAGAUGCAAUCCGGGGAGGAGCUGCAAGACGAGCAGCUGGUGAUGGCAGAGCAGUCGACGCACUUGUCAUUCGAGCCGAAGAUCCAGCUGCGAGUGCCAUUGCACGUGUAAUCCAGCGGCCCGAGCGAGGAGCCGAAGUUGCACCGACGAGUGGUCGAGCACCAGCCGCAGUUGGGGAGCUUGGCGCAGGAGGCGCAAUCGGUCUGGGCCUCGCAGAGGGGCUCCUCCUCGGAAGAGGACUCCGGGCAGGCAUACGGCGACCGGGCCGACAGGGUGUAGCUGCAGGGCCGGCUGCGGUUCAGGUGGUUGGAGGCAGUCAGGUGCGUGAGGGGGACAUCCAGCUGGGGGUCACACUCGAUGGUGAUCAAAACCUGGUAGGUGGUCAUGAUGUUGAGGUCCGGGUCGAAGCAGCUGUCACCGCCGCGGUAGGAGACCAGCACGCCGCGGGUCUUGUCGGCGCUCGGGUAGCCGUGGAUUUCCAUGGACGACAGGCGGCCGAUGGGGGUGGAAGAGGCGGUGGAGGUGCGGUACUCGCAGAAGGAGGCGGUGUUGGCCUCGAUGGAGGCCGGGGCGUCGGUGUUCUCGGUGGCGGCAUCGGGCUUGGAAGCGCAGGGGAGGACCACCGGCUCGCAAAUGCGGAAGUAGGCAAUGUAGUCAUCAUUCGACAGGUCGACAGCGAUGAAGUCGGACGUCUCGUUGGUCGGGCGGAUCUUGCCCAGGUGGGGGAAGUGAAUGAAGCGGUUGGACCGGGGGUCGAAGGUCUGGAACCGGCAGUUCACCUCAUCCGGCGGGGGGGGGAGAGAACCGGAGUCCGAGCUGCUGGAGCCCUCCUCCGGGGGAGGGAGGUCCGACCCGGGGGUCGAGUCAUCCGGCAUCGAGGUGGAGGCCGAGGCGGAGGCCGAGGUGGAGGCCGAGGCGGAGGCCGAGGCGGAGGCCGAGGUGGAGGCCGAGGCAGAAGCCGAAGCCGAGGAGGCGUCAAUGGUCAUGGCCGCGGUCGUCGUGGCCGCCAUCAUGACCAGCGCCAGCAGGCCCAGCAGCAUGCGGAGCUUGGGGAGGCCCAUGGUGGUGCAGGGAGGGGGGGGGGGAGGCAGCAGCAAA